CAUUUAUUUUAGGGCGGAAAAUCUAUAUAGGACGUUCAUAUUCUCAGGAAGAAAGCGGAACCGCUACCGUUACUCGCGCUCGCCCGUUUUUAGGGUUUUCGAAUAAAAAAGGAAAAGGAGGAUUCGGGAGGUGAACCGAUCGAUGGGUUACGACGCGAUGGCUAACGUUUCUUCGCUUCCCUUGAUGGUUUCCGGCAGGAAGAAACGGGUACUUCAAAUCAAAUCGAUCUGCCAAGCUGAAGCAAUGCAAACUCGAUGCGCGACGUGAGCAAUGGCUCUCUCAUGGUUCGAUCCGAUUUCCCCUCUUUUACGUGUUCUGGUAAGGAUAAGGAUGGCGAUUUCAAUUUGACUACCGCUCUUCAUUUGCAAGUUCCUCCCCUGAGUUCCAAAGGGACGGUGAGAGAAGAACUUCGAGAUGGCAUUACCUCCAUGCAUGAAUGCAGGGAUAUGGAUUCCCCACUCCAUAAGCCUACUGUAGGUAAUCAUCAUAGAAGGAAUAUCUCUUCGGGCGUUAGUAGAAGCAGCAGAAGUAGCAGCAUGGAUUUCACCUCGAGUAGCACCAGCGAUGGUGAAGAGGAAGAGUACAUAGAAAACAGAGAAGAAGAAAACGGAGUCUUGGACGAUUGGGAGGCAGUUGCCGACGCCUUGACUAAGGAUGUUGGUUCUGUCAACCAUACUCAUCGUUCUGCUCGAGAAAUUACUCCCUUUGAGGCAGCUGCCACACUUGGUAUCCCAGUUGAGGCUCAUUUAGGAGGGAGCACCACAAAGCCGGAGCCCAUCCAUAACACCAAAAGAGCAUGGAGGCCAGACGACACAUCUCGUCCUCCAAGCCUUCCUACGAUCUCAAAACAGUGGAUUUUUCCAGCGAAUGCAGGCUGGAACCAUCGGAUUUCACAACAAAAAGGCAUCCUUCCCCUGCCAAUUCCCUGUCCUAUCUGCUGUGAGGAUCUAGAUCUGACAGAUUCAAACUUUCUUCCCUGUUCAUGUGGCUUUCGCCUUUGCCUAUUCUGCCACAAGAGAAUUCUCGAGGCAGAUGGUCGUUGUCCUGGAUGCAGGCAGCAAUACAACUCUAUUCCAGGUGGAACAGUGGAGGUGAACAUGGGAGGAGCACGGGCACCAAUUUUACAAAUGCAAUUGUCUCAUAUAUGUAAUUUAAGACCUUAGAAUAGCCUAGGACCCUUGCUCUCUAUCACUUUUUCCUGUUAUCGAAUGUCAUAUGAUGAUGCCGCUGGUGUCGAGUUUCUUUCAAACUUUGUUUUUGUUCAAAGGUGAAUGUGAAUAUCUCUUAGAGGCCUUAAUAGACUGGUGAUGGUCUGGACAUUUCUUUUUAAA